UCAUCUUCACUCCUCAUCUUUAAGCCAUAGAAACUCUUCAUCAAGUCUUCAACUUUAGUUCAGCCAACAUGAAGUUCAUCUCCAUUCCAAUCGCUCUUGUCCUCUCAUUUGCUGUCCUUGUGGCUGCAUCUCCCCUUGAGAAGAAGAGCUGUACCACGAUCAUCUGUGCCGAAGAGACUGUCCAAAUAUGCUGCGCUGACUAUGGAAGCGAGGGGCUUUGCGAAAACAGCACCUGCUACUGUGGAGUUGGCUGCAUUUAAGCCAGGCAACCUCCCUGCCUAAUUCACCUCUUCUCUCUAAUUUUGCAUAUAUUGGCAGCACGGGGAGGAUGCACAGAUGAAGAAUACACAGUUACUAAGUCAGAUGAGAUAGUUAUAUUAAAAUGAAA